AUACUGAGCAGUUCAUUAGCAAAUCUUCACAUGUUGACAGAUUCAUAUUCACUGAUGAUAGUGUACUCAAUAUUGAAUUAUUAAUUGAGAACUUAAAGAAUAUAAUAAUGAAGAAAUUGUCUGUGCUAUGUAUGACUGAGUCUCUCAUGUCUCUCUCUAUCUCUUCUAUCACUGUUUCUUUCUCUGCUGCUCUCUCUCAAUCUUCUACAUCUGUUUCUGUGUCUGAUUCUCUCACUUCUACUAUCUCUGUUUCUAUAACUCUCACUCUCACUACUUCUGCUCUCUCUGGUUUUACUGUCUCUGCUUUUGUUAUCAGCUCUAUCUAUUUCAAGAAGAUGUUAUAUAGACUUAAUAAACUAUAUUUAUCAAGAAUCACUCUCUCUCUCAACAGUGUCAAGAUU